AUGCAGUGGACACAGCAGCACGAGGUUCGUCAGGUCAGCAACACCUUAGCCAUUGACACCCGCACCAAAGAUCUCAUUCGUUAUGUAAUCUUUUCAGAUAUGGAGAAUGAACAUCCGGAUAUUGAAAUUCAAAUGAACAUCGUGGAUAUCCUUGAUUAUGUUGGAGAAUCAGUGAGACCGAUUAAGGAAGGAUAUGCAGUUUUUGCGGCCAAUCAUAUCGUCUGCAUAGGUUACCGUAAUGUCCAACGCAGUGAUAUGCUAACGGAAGUGGUUGGUUACGUAACUCAAACCUCCCAUCCAGGAUGCUCCCCGCACGAAGUUCUGUUGCUAGUUGGGCCGGAUAUUUCAAGAUGGAUAUUGAAAUGCUCUUACAAAGCUGGCACAGCCAAGUGCAAGCAUGUAAUCGCUUGUAUUUUGUUCAUUGAAAAAAAUCGUCUACUGGAAUACAUUUCGUGCACAGACGUGACUCAGGCAUGGGGCAUUUCAAAAGCUGGGAGAAAAGCUACAUGGGGAGCAAAGCGAGUCACAGAUCUGUGUUGUGUGAAUAAGCCUAAACUUCUUGAAACACCGGAGAGCAAUGCCGAAUUGGAGUUAUUAACAACCAGUUUCAACAGGAUCCUGAAUGGUAACAACAAAUAUAAUCUUUCUAUAGACUAA